CUAGUUUGCUGAACUUACUCAUCGAUUCCGACCGGUGGUUAAGCAUGAUCGUCGCAGCAGCGUUCAACAGUGUGGAUACGUUCUUUUUCCUCAGUGGGUUUUUCCUGUGCCUCACCGUAGCAAAACAGAAGACGAAUGGCCUGCUUAUUUUCGUCAUGGGCGUUCUUCGAAGGCUGAUCAGGAUAUGCGUACCGCUGUUUUUCAUCAUCAUGUGCUUCUGCAUACUACCGCUUUUUGUCACCGGGCCAGACACGAAAAUGUUCUUCAAGAAGCUUUACGAUGAAGUGUCUUCUGACUGGUGGCGCUAUGUACUUCACAUCAGAAACUUCUAUGAGAUAAGCCCACAGCACGUUCUUGGCCACACGUGGUACCUCUCUGCUGACUUCCAGCUCUUCGCUGUUUCGCUUCUUACGCUGACACUGAUGCGACGCCGGAAAACACUGGUCAUAGGAGCAUUUGCCCUGCUGUCUCUGUUUGGAUACGCCAUUGGAGCGUGGGCACUGGUCUCUUCUGAUGCGCUACCGUUCAUGGUAUUUCCCGGACAAACGCCUCAGAUUACAAUCGAGACCGUCCAUCAAUACUACAUACUACCUUUCUCCCACACGGUGUCUUACUUCAGCGGCUGCAUGACGUUCCUCAUCAUGGAAGACUUCAGGGACCGCAAGAUUACAAAGGCCAUGCAGGUGGCUGGCUGGUGCAUAGCUGCGAGCUGUGGACUUUGCUGCGUCUUUAUGAAGCUCGCCUGGUACAAGAGCCCGAAUCCUACCUCAAAAGCGGGAAAUUUGAUCGCCGCAUUCUCUGACCGCGCCAUGUGGUCAAUAUUUCUGGCUUGGAUCACUCUCGCGUGCUCCUCAGGCCGAGGCGGCUUUGUGGGCCAGUUCCUGUCCUGGAAUCUUUUCGUGCCACUUAGCAAGCUUUCAUUUGGCGUCUACCUCAUCCACCUGCCAUUUAUCGAGCUUCUACAACACUCCUCCAGGGAGCGUCUCUCCUGGUCGCACUUCAACCAGGUUACGAUGCUGUUCUCAGUGCUUGAUUGGAGCUUCAUCCUGUCGUACUUAUUGUACCUGGCCUGCGAGGCACCAACCGCAGUACUCGACAAACUUGUCUUUAGCAGGCUCACAGGACGUGGAAAAGCGCAGAAGCAGAAACCGCCAAAUGAAGUGAAGGGAGGCAGCAUGGGGUUAGAGAAGAAAAUGGAAGACAUGAUAUUCUCGCGGUGUUAGCAAGUUUUUUUUUCACUGUGCCUGCCGUUAUAUCUGGACUUGCUUUCAAUGUGCACAUUGAUACUAUGGAGGCGCAGACAUUCGGAUAGACUGUAACUGUGAUACGCAGACUUCUACGUCGGGUUUCAGUAUACCCGAGGGUGGCACAUCGAUGUGAUGUCUGCAUGCGUCAACCAUUAAUUAUCGGUGGAAGCAUUUCUGUUGCCAUCGUGGUCAGCGAUUCAUGGUCACCGAUGAUGCUCCCGUCGGCCACAACAUCGCCGCGCAGGCUAAAAGGCACGGCACAGGCGACAUCCGUACAACCUCUGCUGCAACGUUUGAGACAUUUAGUCGUCGCCGCGACGUAAUGACGGACGUCAGCGAUGGUCACUGCUUGGCGCAAUGUCUAGAAAAAACUCCGCUUGCGCUAUGCGAGCUGGACAGAGCUUACACAUAGCGCGCGUUAGAACCUUCAGCAGGCUCAUAGAAGUGACUGUCACAAAACUCUGCCACUUUUUCCAGUUCACUGGGUUUGAUGGCGAUGAGCAGGGUCGGAAUAUGGUAUUAGUGGUCCACAGCCUCCGUAUGCACCAAUAGAACGCGAUAUAUUUCUAUAUUACCGAAAUUUUUUUCUGACGUGCACCAUUGCUAUUCUGACACGACUGAAGAAAAAUUAAGAGGCGAUUCUACGGCUCCUUCGUCUUGGGGUUGCACUCACUCCUAACGUUGUGGAAAGAUGGCGUCAACGAUCUCCUAAAAACGUCCAGGAACAGGAAGAAAGACUUGCUUGUCCAAUCUGUCAUGGCGCAGAAAGGCCAGUCCACGCAGCGCACCUACUCUGAAGAUCUCCUGGAAAAAAAAAAAAACAUCAGAAGGCACCUUCCUAGACCGCACAUCUCACCUAGUGAUCUGGAUGUCUUCCGAGCAUGGAUGAAUGGUCUUCACGAUGACUCACUCCUCUCUUUCAUCGCGGCGUCUUGCGAUGUUGUAGGAGAUGGCGCCCAAAGCAUGUCCUGUGGCCAAUAUUUGAAUAAAGACGUUUCUACCACCGUCACCUGCGUUAGAACUAGCCGCCAAUAGAUCAGCACAUACAACUGAAGAAUAAACCUAUGAUUGUU